AUGAAUAUGUUCAACUUUGCCUUCCUUCGUAUCGUGACCAUUCUUCCUUGUUCGGCUCUCGUUUGCUCCACCCAAACCUGUUCGCCGAGGGUCAGCGAACUGCAGCGUUUGAUCUAUCCGGACAGGUUUAGCCUCGCGCAGUUCCCCGAGGCGGACAAAGCUAAAGGUGCCCUCACCGAGGACGAGACCGAUCAUGAGGAGGCGAGCCAAUCACGGAAGGAGCCCUUCUCCGAACCUGAGGAGGACGCGGCGACCGCCUCGGCCAAGUUCAAAGACCUCUCCGCCGCCCAGCAGUCCUCGGGCUACGCGCCGACCACACCGGCGAAGACGCCGGCACCCGAGGAUAGCGCAGCUUACCAGCAUGACAGCGCGCCGGCCAUCGACAGUGCCACCUUCGCCGAGGAGGCAGUGCCUUUCUUGAUGGAGCUCACCAUGCAGGAAUUCCCAAAGGGCGACGAGGAGGAGCCGGCAGAGCCGGCGGCCAAGCGCCUCAAGACGGACGACACCUGA